GUGUGGAAGGAGAGGAUGGGGUUAAUUGGCUGGGUGUCCCUUGGCGGGAAGUUUCGGUGCAGAGGGUUGAGUGGUGUUAUUCCGAAGGGCAGGCGCCCGCUGCUGCGGGUGAAGGGAGGACGCCCACCGAGUCUGGGCGAUGGGGGGACCCCCCACCCACCCACCUCGGCGCAGCGGGCCGCGGACCGCUCACCGCAGUCGGCGAGGGGUGGAGAGGACUGAGGAGCGUCCGGGGCGCGGGCGGCGGAGGGGACUGCCGCGUUAUCUUUACGUCGCGCGGUGGCACACGGCGCGGUUUGGUCUGGGUACCUCUCGGCCGGAUUUGCCCCCGGAGCUCCCCGAGACAGCGGCCAGAAACCACCCAGAGGUUUUGGGCUCGAGUUCUUUAUGUUUGGGGGUUUUUUUGGUUUACGUUGUUUCUCCACCUUAAGAUACUACCUUGGUGUGCAUGAGAUAAUGAAGAAAUAAGUGGCUGUGGAGGUUCGAAACGCUCGCGGGCGCUGUGGGUGCGCUCAGGGCAGAUAAAGCCGCGCAUUUGCAUUGCAGGGCCGCGGGCGGCCUGACUGCGGCUGCCGCGGGCCCAUUAUUUAUUGCGGCCGAGCCCGGGCGGCUCGCUGCUGCCACGCUGUGGCCAUCUCUGGGACCGACGCCAGCCGCAGCCCCGCGUCGUGCAGCCUGGCGCGACUGCUGCUCGGGCCCCUCACAGAUUCCCAAGCAGGCCGAGCAGAGGGGGGCGAGGGAGGACCCGAGGGGCGGUCUCCCAGGGCCCUACUGGCCGGGAACCUCCCCCGCCUUGGCCACCUGACAGGAGCUGGACGCCCGACUACACUCGGGUUCCCCCUCCCCCCCUGCACCAUGGAGACUGGUUGCACAGGCCGCCUGGCACGUCAUGGCUGCUUCAGUCCAAACUGCGCGUCCCAAGGCGCCCUGGGGGCGCAGGCUGGUUCGGGGAACGCAGCGCUUUGGGAUUUCGAAAUCACAGAGACCACUGGUAGUCCUGAGGCCUGCAGGCCUGGCCCUAAGGAGGACUGGCUAUGGCAAGGAAGGCGGGCUUUGGCUCCAGGCGAGACCCGGUGACAGGAGCAGGCCACACCUGUGUGCUGUGGGCUCCGGUCUGGGCUAGAGAUCAGGGCUGAGGAGAUGGCCUUCAAGGUCCCCCCAACACCGGCAGGGCGCCCUCCAGGCUGGCAGAGGUCGAGGAGCUCAGUGGGCAGCCCAGGGAAGGGGCGGCUUGUGGGGGCCUGCUCCCCAUCCUGUCCCCUUUUUGAAGAGAAGCUGAAAGGUAAGUGGACUUUCUGUGUGGCUGUGACCGAGAAGAGAGCGCCCUGGUGACCAUUCUCGCCAUCCCAGGAAAGGACCCCUCCACUGUCUGCGGUUCAUAUUCUUGCCUGAGUGUUCUCUCUGUGUGUGUAUAUAUAUAUGUGUGUGUGUGUGUGCGUGUGCGUGUGUAUUCGCUGGUUGGAGAAAUAAAUUUGGGUGGCUGCCAACAUGAUAUUUACCAGCCUUGGCUAACAUGCAUAGAUUUAUAUUUAAUAUAUUUUCCACCUUAUUACCUAUAGAAACUAGAAAUAUAAUUUUUUUGGCUCUUAGCUGAGAACUCAAAUUAUCUUGUUGACUGGGACUAUUAGGAGAUUGAGAAUCCAGGUCAAAAUAUCACAAAUAAUAAUAACAGCAGUAAACUGCCACCAACCCCAACAGUGUGUGUGACGUGGAGGAAGGAAGCAGAAAUUAUAAAUGUAACCAUUUGUUAAUAUCUCCAAACGGUUUUGCGUCUUAUGUGAUAACUUGCUUGAAACCACUGUCAUCUCAUGGUCUUGUGUAAGAAACGAUAACUUGACAUGAUUUUCUUGUGAUGUAGCUUUUGAAAAAUAAUUCCCAUGAAAUGUUUUGACUCUUGAGUUUUUAUUUUCUUCUAUCAGAUCCUUUCCCUGAAGAAAUGCCAGGGAAAUACAAAAUUCUACCCUUUCCUGCCAGGACCAUUUUCAUAAAUGCAGAGGAGAAACUUUCUCUGUUGGGUUGACUGGGGCACAACCAGAAGGCUUCUAGGUACAGCCCCCAGGGUGGGAGCAGCCGCCUUCAAAGCUGUACCCUAGGCUCCGUGCACCUAGCUGACCUCGGCCCAGUUCUUUUCCAUUUUCUGUUCCUUUUGGGGGAAGUGAGUGAGGGCGAGGGUGGGGAAUCGAAAAGCAAGGAAGAGAUGAACAAAACCACUUCCAGAUUCCUAGGGGGGCAUGGCCACCCCCACAAGUCCUGAACCCUAUUCUCUGUAUUUGCCAGAGUUUUACAGAGGUUAUAAACACCCUCUGGAAAUUCAACCAAAUCAUAUAAAUAGUCUUUCUUCAGUCUUCACAGAAUUGAGGAUUUUAAAGCUAAUUCAAGGGGUUUUGCAAUCCCCCCAAAUACAGUCGUAAAGAUGCCCUUGGAAAGAUAUCACAUUUUACAAAAUGAGAUUGAUCCUUGCGCCGUGAAAGUCGACUCUCUCGAAGGCACACCUCUCAGGCAAGAGAGAGCAGCCCAGGGGGCAGGCUUUUCCUGUCCUGUUUGGGGAAGGCCGGGCCCAGGACUGCGAUCAAAGCAAUUCAGACGAUUCCUGGAGCUGGUGAAACAACUGGUCCCCGUUCUGGAGCGACUGUCCCGGGCAGGCCCCUGACCAGUCCCAGACGAGGCAGAAAAGAGGACACAGUCCAAGACGGGGCCCGGCAUGGGGCGCCCCAGACACUAAGCACAUCAAUUAUCCCGCGGACUUGGGCCCAGGCGAACUGCCCUCUAUGGCCGGGUGGGUCAGAGACCCCGAUGCGUCCGCACCUCUGGAAUAAGAGAGAUUCUCCGUGUGGAUCUGUCUCAGUUCUGAGAGGUCCAGGGGGUGGAGGGAGAUUCCCCAGGCUCUGCACGAUGGGAGCAGGUCCCGCGGCUGGCUUCAGAGCUUAGUCUCAAGGCCACUCUGUCGGUCCCUUUCCUGUAGAAACCAGCGGUUUCUGGUCUAUCAGUUCCUGGUUUCAAAGGCGGAACGGGGAUGCACAGCUUGCGGAGGUGGAGGUGCUUUGAGGCCAGACAAUCGCUGGCCAUUGGAGCGGAGGGAGUCGGGACUCAGAUCUGUUGUGCGUGGGAGGAGGGGCCGGCGGGGCAGGAGAGUACCUUCGGCGGAGUCCCGGGUAGCUCCAGGUGAGCCUUCCGCCUUCAGCGGCUGGCAGGCCUAGGCGCUCGGUGGGAGUGGGGAAGGAGCAAAGGAGGGGAUGCGCCAAUUCCUGAGGCGCAGGAGUGCGGAGCAAGGAGCUCAGGCCUGGUGUCUCAGAACCCUCCUCCAGCUCCAGAACCGCACCCACGGGUAGAGCAGUGCAGGGGGAGGGGCGAACUCUGGGCCCUGCCAGGAGGGCAGGACAGAGAGCAAAGCCGUCCCUGUCACCGCCCCUCUGGGCGCAGGGCUGUCAGGUUUCCUGUUUGGAGAGAAAACCCAGCAAAAUCCGACAGGGCAAAAAGGGGCGGAGGAACGAGCGGGCCCGGUGGGGCCUGGCAGCGGCCCGGGAGCGCUGCCCCAACCCCGGCCUGAUCCCCACACUCCCGUCCGGGCAGUGCCCGCCGCUGGCGUUCGGAAAGGGAGACGGGCCGGCCGGCUGUGCGCGCCCAUUAAUCUGCUGGGCGGGCGGCGGGCGGGCGGGCUGGGGGCUGUUUGUAACUUUGCUGCCUCGGUCGCCGUGGUCCCCGGGGAGCGGGCUCCGGCGCUCGCUCCCAUUGGCCGCCGCCGCGUCAGCUGGUGCGAUUUGCUGCUGUCGCUUUUGGCGUUCGGCCAUCCAGAAACAAACCAGUUCGAUGACUACUAAUAGUUAUAGCCAGAUGUACUAAUACACAACAAAUCACAGUCCUGCAGAGGGGCGCGCAAAUGAGUUCUUAUUUUGUGAAUCCCACUUUCCCCGGGAGCCUGCCCAGCGGCCAGGACUCCUUCUUGGGCCAGCUGCCCCUCUACCCGGCCGGCUAUGACGCGCUGAGGCCCUUCCCGGCUUCGUACGGGGCGUCGAGCCUCCCGGACAAGACGUACACCUCACCUUGUUUCUACCAACAGUCCAACUCGGUCCUGGCCUGCAACCGGGCGUCCUACGAGUACGGGGCCUCGUGUUUCUAUUCUGAUAAGGACCUCAGUGGCGCCUCGCCCUCGGGCAGUGGCAAGCAGAGGGGCCCCGGGGACUACCUGCACUUUCCUCCCGAAGCACAGUACAAACCCGACAGCAGCAGCGUGCCGGGCAAAGCCCUGCACGACGAAGGCACCGACCGGAAGUACACGAGCCCCGUUUACCCCUGGAUGCAGCGGAUGAACUCCUGCGCUGGUGCUGUGUACGGGAGCCACGGGCGCCGAGGCCGCCAGACCUACACGCGCUACCAGACGCUGGAGCUGGAGAAGGAAUUUCACUUCAACCGCUACCUGACCCGGCGCCGCCGCAUCGAGAUCGCCAACGCGCUCUGCCUCACCGAGCGCCAGAUCAAGAUCUGGUUCCAGAACCGCCGCAUGAAGUGGAAAAAGGAAAAUAAACUCAUCAAUUCCACACAGCCCAGCGGGGAGGAAGCUGAGGCAAAGGCGGGCGAGUAGACGCCUGGGCAGGGACCAGGCCAGUACCGCAACCUCCCUCGGCUUUGCCCCUACUCGCUUGCUCCCCAACUUUUCUCCUCGCCUGCUACCCUUUGGGGGGCUUACGCAGCUUCAGGGGAGCUCGGAGCUUUGCAAACGCCCGAGCACUUAUUUUUUACAAAAGAAAAAAAAAAAAAAGACACACAGCCAACCCCAGGGAAGGAGCGGGGCGCGCUGCACACACAGCCCUGCACUCCAAGGCUGCCCAAGCCCUCUCCGGAUCCCAGGGCGAGCCCCGGAUUCGUCCCCGGCUCCUGUGCUAGAGCCUCUGCGUGCCUCUGAGCUCGGGACGCGGGGUUGCUGGAGAGGGAAGAACCCAAGGACCAAGCCGCUUUUGGUGUCUGGGCGUUUCGACCUCGGUUCCUCGCCACCAAGUCCCGAAGGGCACCACCACAUCAACUCCAACCACUGCAAAGAGGGGACCUAAAGCUUGGGGCCCUAGCACUGCGGUGGCCUCCCAGGCCGCCCCCUGCCAGGAAGAAGCUUGAGGAACAAAGGGGGCCCCGAGAGAGCCUAGUCUCUCGGCCCCGCGAGCAACCAUCCGUGGAAGAGAAGCAAACAGCCUCAGCCGAGCACAGUCAACCUGGGCACGGGCGGAACUUCACAGCCUGGGAGCGACUGGGCUCCCGAAAGCUCUAGGCUCCGGAUUCCAGCUCCCCGUCUCCGACAGUGCUGGCGCUGCCACCAUAGCAGCUUUCAGGACCUAAGAAGGGGGUCCAGGGCCAUGGGAGCGGCACGAAUCACGGUUUCCAAGCGUGCCAGGGGCGCCUGCUAUGCCGGGCCUCCAGCGGGGAAACCCUCCCAUGCCUUUCGCCUAUAUUUGUGAUUUACUUUCAUCUUUCAGAUCCCAGGAAA